CCACCACAUUGACAAUACCCAUUUCAGACCACCACUCCGACAUCUUGUCCGUCCCGACCGUGUCAGCCGGCAACAGCAACGACCUCUUCCUUGCGGGCCCCGUCGGCUCAUCUGCCCGACUGGUAUUCAGACUGCUCUGCUCCUCGGGGAGGGGACCGCCCCCCUAUAUACUAAGUAGGUAUCCGUACCCGUCCGACGCGGUGCCUCGACUUCGGACCCUUGUCUCCCGCAUCCCACACGCGUUCACCGCCGACACCGACGACAAUAACAACUACGACUACGACCGUCGAGACUGGCAAGCAAAUGACUAUCUGAGCCUCAAUUGAGUCUGCUUGGCCUUCCUCCAGCACUUGUGUUGCCCGGUCGCCAUUGUUUGCGGUCACAUGGAUUGAGCCGAGUCCGCGGAGUCGAGACAGCCUCGACACUCAACACAGCAAAUUCCCACAUCACCACCGAGAGCGCGGCUCAUUCGAGUACUACACAGCCGCCAAAUCAUUCUCGUGUCCGGAUCGAGUCAUCGGUGGCCCUUUCGACUACUGGUCAAUGCGACUUUCCGUACAGGCGGUCGGAUGACACCCCAUGGCGUGACAGCUUCACUGCCAACGAGUAAAGACACCAAUUAGGGCGAAGAGCGCCUGCAAAUACACCCACCCUGCAGCCGUGGUGCUUCCGGUCUCUGCCAGGCUACCACAGAACCCACUCGGAGGCCACAGCACAUGCUACUCCGACCGGCAACGCGUUCAAGGUCACGGAUGGACAAGACGGGCACGCAGAGCAGCCACGUGAACAGUCUUGUGGAAAACCUGGGAGGACUAAAACAUACCGCCCUGGACCAUUCAUUGGGUCAGGGCCGUCCCUGUCAAGUAGGGACUGCGGGAGACAGGCCACCAGAUCGCGGCAGAAUCUGCCCUGCGGCGCUGCAAGUCCUAACAAGUCUAAACAUCGCCGGACUUGCCGCUGCAAGGACCGUGUGCUAGUCCACGAUGCCGACGAUCCACGUACAGGCUGGCUCAUCAGCCCAGCUCCAGGAAAUCGCCGACUCGCUGUGGAAGGCGAAGAAAGUUGUGGUUGUAACAGGAGCCGGUAUCAGCACCAAUUCCGGGAUUCCAGAUUUUCGCUCAGAGAAUGGCUUGUAUUCCAUGAUUCAAAGCCAGUUUGAUGCCGCUGCCAGAUUGGACGGAGCCAAGACCCGAGGCAAUGGGGUCUUGUCAGACGACAGUGGUGACGAGCUGCGCCCCAAGAAGCGCAGAAAGUUAUCACUAGUGGGCGACACCAUUGAGGUUGGUGGUCCAAACCUGGAUAGGGACGCCACGGUUGAAGGCGACAGCAUCAAAGUCCUGGGUCCCGACGACAGUCUUGUCUCAGACGUGACCCAAGGAGAAAACCAUGGAGACCAGGACCCAGUAGAUGAGACGAAGCCAGGUGAUCAUGAUGAACGCGUCUGUGAGCGGGAAGAACCAGGAGAGGAGGAGGCCGAUCUGCUCUCUGAGGAAUCAGUGCUCGUGGGCGAAGCUUCCUUCGCUGGACCGGAUGCGAAGGGGGCGUCUCAGCGCGAGUCCGCGAAUCGAGGCCAGUGCAGCGAAGGGGCGCAUAAUAACUCCCACGUGGACUCACAAUGUCAAGCCCAACCUAUCUCAGCAGCCGCAUCCUCGAGACGACCCUCCCGGCGCAGCUCGCCGGCCCCUGAAGCGCUAUCCUCCCACCAAGAGCAACAAGACAUAGGAACAUCGGGGUGCAGUGCGCCGAAAUCCCCGAAUCGCUCUGCAGAUACACUUAAUGCCACGUCGUCUGGAUCUUCGACUCCCAAACAAACAUCUUCUGAUUCUGGGGCCCAAACGAACACUUUCAGCUCACCCUUGUCCUCGCCUCCACCGAUUCUUUCUGAUCCUUAUGAGGAAGCAUUUCAUCACUCGCCCACAUCUAGUAGCAGGUGUACGUCACCGGAGUCUGCAUCUGAGGCAGAGAACUCACCCCCUUCAUUGCCGCCGUUCAGCUACUCCCAAACCUUCAAGCGUGCGAGCCUGUCGACGAUGAAGGGACGUGACCUUUUCGACGCCUCCAUAUGGUCAGAUCCAGUCAAAACCUCCGUCUUCUAUACCUUUGCCACCAACCUUCGUCAGAAGUCCAGAGAAGCUUAUCCCACUGGCUCACAUCACUUCAUCAGCCACCUUCGAGACUCCGGCAGGAUGGUUCGAUGUUACACCCAGAAUAUCGACCUUCUUGAGGACAAAGUGGGUCUUUCUACGCGCCUACUUUUAGGUCCUGGUAGCAGAUCGCGAUUUUCUGCACGGGCCUCUCGAGCAGCUGCCGCUGCCGCAAUAGCGACAGCCACAGCCGCGGCAGCCGCGGCGGCGGCUGGGCCAGCAGCAACAUCCACCUCGGCUACUCCGAUUGCCUCUUGUCCAGCUGAUGGCUCUGAUCGCCCAGAACCAGUCGCCCAGUCCUCACGGCCAAGUGAUGAAUGCCAGGAGGAGGAGAAGAAUGGUGCAAAUGACACGACACACGCGCUGGCCACCGAGGGAGCGAAAGACCAGUGCCAGCAAGGAGAUGCCCAGACAGUUCCCUCCUCUCCAGAACCAGACCGAGGGGUAGAGUGCGUAUAUCUCCACGGCUCGCUGCGCUCGCUUCGCUGCUUCCAGUGCGGAGGCGUGAUCGACUGGGACGAAGGCGAUCGAGAAAUGCAGACCAUGUCUGGUAAUCAGCCGCCUUGCCCCCGCUGUGAAGAUGCAACCACGGCCAGGCAAGAAAAAGGCAAACGUGCUCUCGGCGUUGGAAAAUUGCGACCUGACAUUGUCCUCUACGGCGAAGAACAUCCCGAGUCACAGCGGAUAUCCGAUAUCAUACAGCAUGAUCUAUCUCUUGCGCCUGACCUACUCAUAAUCAUGGGCACGAGUCUCAAAGUCCAUGGCCUCAAGACAGUCGUCAAGGAAUUUGCAAAAGCAAUACAUAACAAGAAGGACGGCAAGGUCAUCUUCAUAAACUACACAAAACCCGCUGACAGUGUCUGGGCGGAUACAAUCGACUUCUGGGUCGAGAUGGACUGCGAUGCCUGGGUGAAUGAUUUGAAAAAGAAGAAGCCUAUUAUCUGGUCGCCGCCUGGUACCAUUGCCGAGGAACCCCGAAACACGAAGAGGAGACGCCGUACCAACGUUGACUUGGAGAAGGCGGCAGCCGGCAAGGGAGAUGUCAAAGGUGAGGGUGCUGACGAUUCGCCUAUGAGCGAACCAAAAGUCCCCGCAAAAAAGGCCGAGAAGAAAUGUGCACGGCCGCCAACAAAACCUUCUGCCCCGAAGCCUGCACCGAAACGACCAGUUUCCGAGCGGGAGCACAAGGACAAUGGUGCAUACUGGACGACAAGAAUCAUGUCAAAUUUGGCCUUGCUCACCGGACGUCAGGUGAAGAAGUACUCGACGAUGUCAGCAACGCCAGCACCGGCGAAGAAACAACCUGGGGCUGGGCAACCUGUUUAUAAACCUGCUGAACCGGAACCUGCAGAACUGGUCGCGCCAAAACUGCCCCUGAAUAAGGGCCGUGGCCCACGCCUUAAGAAUGCGAGGACCAGAAAGCGUCUGCCAGAAAAAACCUCCAUGAUUGAUGCUGCUAAUUCAGAUGUGGAUCAAGAUUCAACCGGCCACCAGAACGGUCAAGUAGAGGAUCAGAAGCCCAAAGCUGGCACGUUACGUGCAGACUGUCCUGGGCUUCAACAAAAAUUGGCCAUACCCGGAGAUGACCGUCCUCUUGCCGCCAUGGCGGAAGCAAAACCAGAUCCAGAUUUGACAGUCACGGAAGAUCAGUCUUUCCGGGACUGGAAAGACGACCCCACGCCCGUAUCACAAGCCUGCCAGAAGCCCCCAGUGCUGGAUUUGGGUGUCAGUCCUGAUACCACGGUCGAGAGCAACUCUAUCCUUGCGGCGGUCAAAUCGCACCACAGAAUUAGGAAGCCGAAAGCAAUUUUUGAGCCAGAAACCAUCUGUUUCUCAAAGUCAGGGAGGGGGACUCCUGCAUCGUCGGCCGUCAGCGCCAAACCCAGGGCGAAGCCAGCACAGGCGAGGACAGCACAGGCGAAGAAAAACAAAGGAGCGGGAAAGGCAGUGAAAACUGAAGUAACAGCACCCGCUCGAAUGAAGGAGAGUGUUAUUCUACCACCUCCCAUACCUAUACGUCGUCCGGUCCCAAAGCCCAAGAGGAGUAAAUCUCCUGAUCCAGGGCGAUCCGGUAAUCCUGACGAGUCCUGCAGACUGGCACCCCUCCACCCAGAGAACCUGGAAGGCUACAACCUGCAGAAGGAACACAACGAUCGGCCAUACCCUUUGGCCAAGCCACUCGAACCGAUUGUCAUUGUGGAGGGCCCGCCAUCUGAUAUGUCCCCAACAUCGCCUCAACACUGGCAGAAUCGUGCCUUUCAUUUGAGAGAUCCACAAUCGAGAAACUUCGAGGGACCUUGCAGAGGUCUCGACUUUGUCGGUCUGACAACCACAGCACAGCCCGAUGGACAAAACACAAUGACGGGUGCGGCACCGCCGGCUCCUCCACCAACUUCGCAACUGGCCACUCAGCUAGCGAUGAUAACCGUGCCCCCAUCACACAGCUCGUCCGCGUUUGCCAGCGCGCCGAUCAUGUUGCCCCACAACGCAGGGUUCGAGGAUGUCCAUCUGCCGCUGAGCGCGCAAUCAAUUCACGACAGCCCGAGUCGCCAGCUCCAUCAGGAAGAAGCUCUCGAGGCCGCGGCUGCUCUGAACCAAUUGAGAAGACCGCCUGUUUUUGACGAAAGGCGCUUCAUGGUCUGAAGUCGAGCAUGAAAAUGGAGUUAAAAGUGUGCUAUGCGACAAAUUGAUUUCGAAACUGUCGCCCGUCUCAAACAAAGACGGAUAUGAUGCAUCAUUACAGCCGGAGUAUUGUAGGACAGGCAUUCAUUUGUUUCAAGCGGGUCUAGGAUAGCAUCACGCCAAGAGAAUCAUCAAUGUCCAAGCGUCAGUGGAAUGAAGAAGCAUCAACUAUGCGUUCACAGUGACUGAACCACUGCCAUUAUGCCCCGACCGGAGGGACGUCAUACUGGUCGGCCACCAGAUCGUGCUAUAGGUGCCAGUUCUAUGUAACAUCCAGAUCGUAACGUCGAUCGAGCAGACCCUUGGGCCGCG